GAUGAUAUCCUUUACACAGAUCAAGGGGAAACUCUAUGUCAGCUCAUUUGCCAAAGAAAUUUGAAACUGAGCUUCACUGAAGGGAACAGGGAGUGGGUGUAGCUGCUUAACCAGCUGAAGAAGAGAAACAGAGAGAGUAAGAGAGAGAGAGAGAGAGAGAGACUGGACUAAGAAGAGAGAGACAGCCAGACGUAAAGAGUCAGCCAAGCGUCCCCACUCCCUGAGAGAAAGAUGGAAGAACAGGGGGAUGAAAAGUCCCAGACAGGGAAGCUCUUUGAGAACUUUGUUCAGGCCUCCACCUGCAAGAGCACUCUACAGGCUUUCAACAUUAUGUGUCGGCAGCUGGAGCUUGACCCCCUGGACCAUAGCACUUUCUACAGCAGUCUGAAGGCUAAGGUCACCUGCUGGAAAGCCAAAGCUCUCUGGAGCAAGCUGGACAAAAGAGCCAGCCAUAAGGAGUACAAGAAAGGCAAAGCCUGCAUAGACACAAAGUGCCUGAUCAUUGGAGGAGGCCCCUGUGGCUUGCGGACCGCCAUAGAGCUUGCGCUGCUUGGGGCUAAGGUGGUGGUUAUUGAGAAGAGGGACACAUUCUCCAGGAACAAUGUUCUGCACUUCUGGCCUUUCACCAUCCACGACCUCAGAGCUCUGGGGGCCAAGAAAUUCUAUGGCAAAUUUUGUGCUGGCGCCAUAGACCACAUAAGUAUUCGCCAGCUCCAGCUCAUCCUGCUGAAGAUUGCUCUGCUCCUAGCUGUGGAGUUCCACAUCAACGUUGAAUUUGUAAGGCUACUUGAGCCAUUAGAGGACCAGGAGAACAAAGGACCUGGAUGGAGGGCGGAGAUUCGACCUGCAGACCACCCUGUGGCAGACUUUGACUUUGAUGUGGUGGUAGGGGCAGAUGGUCGUCGAAACACUCUGGAAGGGUUCAGGAGGAAGGAGUUCCGGGGGAAGCUGGCUAUUGCCAUCACAGCUAACUUUAUUAACAGGAACACCACUGCUGAGGCUAAAGUUGAGGAGAUCAGUGGAGUGGCCUUCAUCUUCAACCAGAAGUUCUUUCAAGACCUCAAACAGGAGACAGGCAUUGAUCUGGAGAACAUCGUGUACUAUAAGGACAAUACGCACUACUUUGUCAUGACGGCUAAGAAGCAGAGCCUGCUGGACAAAGGAGUAAUCAUUCACGAUAACAUUGACACUGAGAUGCUUCUGAGCAGUGAGAAUGUGAAUCAAGAGGCGCUGUUGUGUUACGCACGCGAGGCUGCCGACUACGCCACCCAUUACCAGCUGCCCACGCUGGACUUUGCAAUGAACCACUGUGGUCAGCCGGAUGUGGCCAUGUUUGACUUCACCAGCAUGUAUGCAUCAGAGAAUGCUGCUCUGGUCAGAGAGAGGUUCAACCACCAGCUGCUUGUAGCGCUGGUGGGAGACAGCCUGCUGGAGCCCUUCUGGCCCAUGGGUACGGGUUGUGCCCGCGGUUUCCUGGCAGCGUUUGAUACAGCCUGGAUGGUGAAGAGUUGGGCACAGGGCAGAGCCCCUCUGGAAGUUUUGGCAGAGAGAGAAAGUCUUUACAGGUUGCUACCUCAAACAACUCCUGAAAACAUUGCCAAAAACUUUGAUCAGUACACCAUAGACCCUGGCACGCGAUAUCCCAACCUUAAUUCCAACUGCGUCAGGCCACACCAGGUUCGUAAAUAUUAUGUAAACGGAGAGCUGAAGCCUUGUUCUCUGGAACGAGCUGCAACUAUACGUCGCCCCGUCAACCUAUCAAGACAUGCAUCUGAAAUCAGGCCCAGUAGGCUGCUCACAUGGUGUCAGAAGCAGACGGAGGGCUACAGGGGUGUGGAGGUGACAGACUUGACCUCCUCCUGGACCAAUGGCUUGGCCCUCUGUGCCCUCAUCCAUCACUUCAGAGCAUCACUAAUAGAUUAUGAUUCCCUGAAUGAGGAAGACUCUGCUAAGAACUUUCAGCUGGCCUUUGACAUCGCCGAGAAGGAAUUUGGGAUCCAGCCGUUCGCUACCGGGGAAGAAUUGGCUGCUGGUCGAGAAAUAGACAAAGUCACCAUGGUUACCUACCUCUCCAAGUUCUAUGAACUCUUCAGGGGAACACCCCUCCCAUCUUCAGAAUCAAGAGGUGAUAAAGAGGCUAGUACUGAUGAGUAUCCUUCAAAACCUCGUAGACCUGUUCAGAAGUCACAGAGUCUAAUGCAACCCCGAAAGAGGAUACCAAAGGACGACAAAAAAGUUGAAGAUAAUGAUCCUAUCUACAAACGAAGACGAAAGGUUGGCAGUUACUUGGAAGAGGCAACCAACUUUUCCAGUCAGAGUUCAUCUUUAGCCAGUGAGGGACAGGAGCUGAAGGAGAACAAGGUCAGAUACAUGGCUACACAGCUCCUCGCAAAGUUUGAAGCCAACGCUUCAAGUUGCACUUCUUGGAGACAGUCUGACCCAAACUCUGUGAAGCCUCCCAGGCCACGCUCCCUUGAUAUGACAGAGGAUCUUCUCUAUAACAGACUAAAGGAGCAAGCCCCUCCUCCGCCUCUCCUUAAAAGACAGUCUGCCAGUCUCAAACACACAGAAAAACACACAAUUCCGGUACUAGCCUUGCCUCAGUCAAGCCCUCAGAAUUCUCUAAGGAAACCUAGACAGGUGGCUCAGAAGUUCACUGGGCCACAGACAGAGUGUGCAGCAGCAGCAGUCAGCAGUGCAGACAAUGCAGAGUCAAGCUAUUCAAGCUCCUGCCACUCUGCAGUACUAGCCAUGAGAGGAAUGCUCCAGCGCCUGCAGAGGGUGGAAGAUAAGAUAAGCCAGGGCUCCUUGAAGAAAGAGUUCCCCCAAAACCUUGGGGGCAGUGAUAUUUGCCACACCUGUAAGAGACGUGUGUAUGUGGUGGAGCGGUUCAGCGCUGAAGGACUCUUCUUCCACAGAGAGUGUUUCCGUUGUGACACGUGCCGGACUCCGUUACAGCAGGGUGGACAUGCCUUUGACUCAGAGCUGGGGAAACUGUACUGCAAACUUCACUUUGCUCAGCGUAAAUGCCCCAUAAAACGUGAGAAGACAGAAAGUCAACACGAGGGACAAUAUAACAGUGACCUUCCGGAUGGGUCUGUGUCGACCACAGAUGGUAGUAGCACUUUCCUGCAGUCUCAGCCAUCAGGUACUUUGUCCUCCCUCCUCAGGAAAAGCCUGCGCUGGCCCCUGCACGUGAGCCAGACGGUGUGUGCUGUUCCCCGCCGCGUGUCUUGCUGGCUGCGUGGUGUCAUGCGGGCAACUGGUCACCACCUGAGGGACAAUGCAGAAGAUUAUGCCUUUUUGUAUGAACUGAUGAGUGUGGGCCUGCCUCUAAUGUUUGCCUUUAAUGAGGUCCUGGCCCAGAUGUACACAGAGGUGGGCCCUCUGGACCUCCAGUUCCUGCAGCAGUGGUUUGAGCAGCAGCUGGGGUAUAGGCUCCUUUAACAGGGGAAUGCCCUGUUCCACCCAGAGCUCUACCAGUGCCAGGCAUCCAGCACUGACCUUUAUCCACAGUGCAUAGGGCUUUAGUGGCUUAUGGUUAUGAUGACUGGCCACUGUCUGACCAUAUGCGGAAGUACUUAUGUGCUUCUUUUCCUUUUUGGUAAAGAUAUAACUAUAGCUGAUUCCAACUGUAAACUGUCACUGGUUGUACAAAAUAUUGGCUUGUUUCCUUUAACUCUGCAAGCUUUUAAAUUUGGAAAAUGAAAAAGUGGUCAUGGGAAAUUCCCAACAAUUUUUCUUGGCCAUUCUCAGGUUACGGCAAUUUUGAUUUUAAACAUUGUCUGGGGUGGAAAAACAUGUAUUUAAUGCACUUUAAUUUUAAUCGCAUGGACUUUUGUGCAUGUAAGUGUGAGAAAAAUGUGCUUGUGUUGUGUAAGACCUAAUAAUGAAUAUAGUUGUGCUGAAACUGUAGGUUUACUAACUGGGACUGAAGCGUGGACAGAUGAUAUUGUCUGCUCAUUGGUUCUUGUGCAAUGGAAAUGCUGUUCUCACAUUUGGUUCUCUUGGAUUUUUAAAGUUUACAACCAAUAAGAAAGACAGAUGUCUGUUGAAGACAAUCUAGUUUCUUAAAAAUAUUCGCAUCCUUGAUUGAACAGCAUGCUUACAUAAUUACAAUUUUUCUGUAAAGAUUUUGAACAAACAUCUUUUUUUUCUGACAUAAUGUAAUAUGGACUACAGUUUUAUGUCUACAAUGUAGCAUUCCUAUUGCCUUUAAUGAGAGGUUAGACUUUGUAACAUUUGAUUCUCAUACAGUGCCACCUGUUGACUGUACUUUGACUAUGCGUGUUGUGGAACAGGUCCAGAGAAUGUUUUCAGUCAAUUUAUUGUGCAGAUUCUUGAGAGUUUUCAUGACAGAACUUGCCAGUACCUCUGAGAUUCAAGCCAGAUUCUUCAAACCAAAUGGCAAUAUUACAUGAGUGCUCCAUGGUAUGUAUGAGUAUAAAGCAUAUUACAGAGGGAACUCAUCUCUCUAUAUGGGAACACAGAGUUAUCUGUAAACAUUGUUGCACAAUAGUGAGAAUCUUCUUUCUACAAUAGAUUCACUGGACCUUUGUUCUUGUCUCUGCAUGAUUUUUUAUGUGUUUUCGCCACUAAUCAUCCACAUUUAUAUUGUUCUUAUGAAUAAACAUACAGUAUUGCUCUCAUGCAGCAAACAACAAACAGUUCUUUUUAAGGUGCGAACUACUGCACUUGAGACAGUGUAUGGCAUUUGAGGUUCUUAUGGAGUCAUGAACAAGGCACAGUACCCUUUGGUGUUUGCUGAGAAAAAGUUGUUUUUUUUUAUACACUGGAGUGUGUGUGGUUUGCAUUUGUCACAUCAGACUCUGUCCUGUAGAGUAGAGUUCCUCUCAGCUCAGUGAUGUAGCCACCAUCAACUGUGGUGGCACAGUACCAAAAUGUAUGUCCAACAUUUCUUCAAGUAAUAUGUCAAAAACAAUAACCGCUCAUUACUGCAUUCUGACAGAAGUCGGCAAAUGCUUUUUUCUGCGUACUGAUGACACAAACAGCUUGAAAAAGGCUGUUUUCCAUGGGGGAGCAUGUUCUUUAAAAUAAUUCAUUCACUUUUGUUUGUAAAGUUUUUUAUAUUUACAUGUUUACUUUUCUCUUUCUGUUUCUUGAUUUAUCUAUAGUACCUUUCCCUGUCUCCACUGUUGCCAACCCUGACUUGCACUGAGAAUCUGAAGGUGAUCCUCAGCAUGGUCACAUGAUGGCAUGAAAUAUAGUGCUAUACUCACAGUCAUUGGCUGCCAGUACAGCCUGCUUCUCCUCCCUAACAGGAUUGGACAAUCCUUUUAGCACAUGUGUGGAGAUGUACCCUCAGAGUAACACUCUAAUGUUUACAGCCAUGUCUCAAAGACACUUAUUAUGUGUGUGAUUCCCUUUUGUGCAUGUAGAAAGGUUUUUUUUUUUUUUUAACAUACAGAUGGUCGUGUGGUCUUGCCUAACUUCACAUCAUCUGUUUGAGAUUUCUUCUUUCUGUCUUUACUAUAGCUUUUUUUUUUUUAAUUUUCUGUUUCAGAAGCUGUUUACGUUUCAGAAAUGGAGGUCACAGAGCCUAAGAAGGCCUUAAUUUACGAUAGCACAUUUCCCUAGACAUGUUGUAAAACUGUAUUAACUGAAUUUCACAGGUAAAUUAUAUUGUAAAAUGUAUGAUUUACCAUAUUAAUGUGAAACCAUGCACAAUAAACAAAUG